AGAAUGAGUGUACGUGAAAUUGUUUUGUAAAGGGAAAGCCUAGAAAUAGAAUAAAUUGUUGAUCAAACGUGAAAUCUUUCUGCAAAUAAAAUGGAUUUAGCAAAAUCCUUGUUUAGUUCUCGCGAUCAUGUUGGAUACGUGGGCCGUGAAGACCAUGAACGUAAAAUAAGUGCAGCAUUAGCUGAUGAUGAUCCCGAAGAUAUGAUCGAUGCAAUACGAGGGCUUAACAUCGCUGACGAGCUGCUUCCAGCGCCGGGUGGACCAUUUUCAGCGUUAACACCUAGUAUGGUACCCCAGGACAUAAUGGCAAAAUUAGCACAACCAGAAUCUGAAGGACACGGUGGUGGUCUUCCGGAUUACAGAUUUGACGAGUUUGGGUUUUGCGUUGAAGAAGAAGAUGGACCAGAACCAAGUUCCAAUAAAUUGCUGGCAGAUGCAUUUGUUGAAGAUGAUCAACACCGUCUACAAUGGGAAUUUUACAGCAAAGAAAUAAACUUUUCUGAAGGAGAAGGGAAGCUGGAGAAAACUGAUAAAUUGCAGAAGAUGGUAAAAGAUGGUGUACCUCAUUCACUUCGUCCUCAGGUUUGGAUGCAUUUGUGUGGUGCUAAUAAAAAAAGAGCUUCUACAGAAAUAACAUACCAUGAAAUUGUGCGAGCCUCUAGUGAUGAUGGACUGGUAACUAGUAAACAAAUAGAAAAGGAUCUGGUGCAAAUAUUACCUAACAAUGUUUGUUUCUCACAUCCAACUAGUACAGGUGUACCGAGAUUGCGCAGAAUACUGAGAGCACUAGCAUGGCUAUAUCCAGAUAUUGGUUACUGUCAGGGCACUGGAAUGAUUGCAGCCUCAUUAUUACUUUUAAUGGAGGAAGAAGAUGCAUUUUGGAUAAUGUGCACCACUGUGGAAGAUUUACUGCCAGCAUCAUACUACUCAUCCACAUUGAUAGGAAUACAAGCUGACCAAAAAGUACUAAGAAGUCUUAUUUCAACAUAUUUGCCUGGCAUAGACCAGGUUUUAAAUGCCCAUGACAUUGAACUCUCUUUAAUAACAAUGCAUUGGUUUUUGACCCUGUAUGCCAAUGUUGUGCAUAUGAAAAUUUUAUUAAGAAUUUGGGAUCUCUUCUUUUUAGAUGGUUCUUUAGUCCUAUUCAAAAUCACCUUGGCCAUGUUAAAAAUUAAAGAAAACCGCUUUACUGAAAUUUCUAAUUCUGCACAAAUUUUUAAUGCACUCUCAGACAUUCCUGGUGAAAUUGAUGAUGUUGAUGUCCUGAUUAAAACUAUUGAUGAAGUUUGUGGGGACACUCUGAGCCCAACAUUGAUUGAUACUCACAGAAGAAGACAUCUAGCAUAUCUUAUGGCAGAUCAGGGAGCCUUGGUAGGCAAUCCUAGUGCUGUACCUAACUUGCCAAAGCAACAGCUACAAAGACGCCAAAUAAAGAAAAGUAAGUCAGUAAUACAAACAAUACUAUUUGGGGAAGACAGUAACAAUGAGGAUGCUGUUUCAAAAAAUGUGAAACAAACAGAAAUAUUAGUUGAUCUCAGAGAGGCUAUUUUGCAAGUUGCUCGACAUUUUCUAGCUCUAGAACCACAACUAGCUUCUGAAGUUCAACUGACAGCAGAUUAUACAAUGCAAAGCCAUGCAGCUGACAGGGAAAGGUAUGUUAAUGUCUCAAGAAGUAAAAGAAGACGAGCAAAAGCACUGCUAGAUUUUGAAAGAAGAGAUGGAGAUGAAUUAGGAUUUAGAAAAAAUGAUGUCAUUGAGGUGAUUAGCUCAAGAGAUGAACACUGUUGGAUUGGUGAGCUAAAUGGCCUUCGAGGUUGGUUUCCAGCUCGAUUUGUGAAGCUAUUAGAUGAGAAAGGCGUAAAAUACAGUAGAGCAGGAGAUGACUCUGUAACAGAGAAAGCUGCACAUCUAGUCAGAGGAGUAUUAGCUCCAGCUUUCAAAAGAGUUCUGCUGCAUGGAAUUAAACGGCCCAGUUUCUUGGAUGGGCCAUGUCAUCCUUGGCUUUUCAUAGAAGAAGCAUCUUCCCGAGAAGUUGAAAAAGACUUUAAUUCAGUUUAUAGUCGUCUGGUUUUGUGUAAAACUUAUCGUUUGGAUGAAGAUGGUAAAGUUCUUACACCAGAAGAGUUACUGUACAGAUGUGUUCAAGCCAUCAACCUGUCACAUGAUAAUGCACAUGCUCAAAUGGACGUCAAAUUACGCACAUUGAUUUGCAUGGGCUUAAAUGAAGAAGCUUUACAUUUGUGGCUUGAAGUAUUAUGCUCGUGUGUAGAUGUUGUCCAAAAAUGGUACCACCCCUGGUCAUUUAUUAAUUCGCCAGGAUGGGUACAAAUUAAAUGUGAAUUACGAAUCCUUUCACAAUUUGGAUUCAAUUUAAAUCCAGAUUGGGAGCUACCCCUAAAGAAAGAUACGCAAAAUCAACCCUUAAAAGAAGGAGUGCGAGAUAUGCUCGUGAAACAUCACUUAUUUUCCUGGGACUUGUAAAUAUUUUUCGUCAUAGAUUUUAUUCUUAAUAUUAUUGAUGCUAUCUGUAAAUAAAAAUAUAAUUAUGUACCUGUGCACUGUUUGUCUAUUAUAUUAUAUCAAUUUACAAUUUGCUUAUAAGCUAAAUAAAAUUUAUGCC